AUGGCGUCCAAAUUCAGCAUUUCUGCUGUAAACGCACUAAACUAUGACGAUUUUUUGAGGAAGUUUGGCAAUGUUGUCGAGAUGACUCCCUCAUGCGCAGCUGGGGUAUAUUCUGCAAGGCCUUUUGCGUCCUUUGAUAGCUUUGUCGGAGCCCUACAUCAAUUUAUUGACGACCUUCCGGAGGAUAGUAGAGCUGAAAUUUUGCGAAGCCACCCCGACCUGGCAGAUCGUUUGGAAUCAUUAACACCCGAAUCUCAGAGAGAGCAGAUGCAAGCUGGAAUUACUAAACUUAGCCCCGAGGAAAUAAAACAAUUGAAGCAGUACAACAAGCUUUACAAGGAGAAGUUCGGGUUUCCAUUUGUGAUCUGCGCUCGAAUGAACAACAAAGAUGCAAUUUUAGCAGGGAUCAAAACUCGCUUGAACAAUGAUGGCGAACAAGAAUUGAAAUGUGGGAUUGAAGAAGUGAAAAAGAUAAUGUUGUUAAGGAUGAAAGAUUUAGUAGAGUGCGAAGACUCUAAACUCUAA